CACCACCAACACCAACCACUGCUGCUGCUGCACCCCGUCUCGAGAGAAUACUUUUGGCAGAGCUGACACAGCAAGCACACGUCCUGCACAAUGGCUGGUUCGCAAGCGAUUCUUCCCUCGCUGGACACGGUCCGCGAAAUCAUCUCGAAGCCUUCCAAGACGGGAUUAAAGCCUACGCUUGUCCCCAUCUACCGCCAAAUCUCCUCCGACCUCAUCACGCCCUCAGCCGCAUACCUCAAAGUCUCCGCACACGCUUCCAAGACAUCCCAGUACUCGUUUCUCUUCGAAUCCGCAGCCACCGAGCAGGUUGGCCGAUACAGCUUUGUGGGUGCCAAUCCCCGCAAGAUCCUGACCACAGGUCCCGGCUUCGGCCCAGAGACAGACCCUCUGCCUAUCCUUGAGAAGGAAUUGGCCGAGCAUGUUGUCGCUGAUGUGCCUGGCUUGAAGUUGCCGCCACUGACGGGCGGUGCCAUUGGAUACAUUGGCUACGACUGCGUGCGAUACUUUGAGCCCAAGACGGCGAGACCCAUGGAAGAUGUCCUCAAGAUCCCCGAGUCGCUCUUUAUGCUGUUUGACACUGUGGUGGCCUUUGACAGAUUCUACGGAGUCAUCAAGGUCAUUAGCUACGUCAAGGUCGGCGAGAACCCCAACGUCGAGGAGGCCUACGCUGAGGCCACCAAGAGCGUCGACGAGCUGAUCGCCGUGCUGGAAUCGCCCGAGGUCCCCAUGCCGCCACAGGGCCCCAUCACACUGGGCCAGGAGUACAAGUCCAACAUUGGCCGCGAGGGCUACGAGGGCCAUGUCACCAAGCUCAAGGAGCACAUUGUCAAGGGCGACAUCAUCCAGGCGGUGCCGUCGCAGCGCUUUGCCCGUCCCACCAGCCUGCACCCAUUCAACAUCUACCGUCACCUGCGCACCGUCAACCCCUCGCCAUACCUGUUUUAUAUCGACUGCAAGGACUUCCAGAUCAUCGGUGCCUCACCGGAGCUUCUGGUCAAGGAGGAAGCAGGCCGCAUCAUCACGCAUCCCAUUGCUGGUACCGUCAAGCGCGGCAAGACCCCCGAGGAAGACGAGCGCCUGGCCGACGAGCUACGCAGCUCGCUCAAGGACCGCGCCGAGCACGUCAUGUUGGUAGACCUUGCGCGCAACGACGUCAACCGCGUAGGUGACCCUCUCACAGUGCGUGUCGACCGCCUUAUGGUUGUCGAAAAGUUCAGCCACGUGCAGCACCUGGUGUCGCAGGUCUCUGGUGUCCUGCGCCCCGGCCAGACUCGCUUCGAUGCCUUCCGCUCCAUCUUCCCUGCCGGCACCGUCUCUGGCGCCCCCAAGGUCAAGGCGAUGGAGCUGAUUGCGGAGCUGGAGAAGGAGAAGCGCGGCAUCUACGCUGGCGCCGUGGGCUACUUUGGCUACGGCGGGGUGGACGAGCAGGGCAAUGCGGUGGACGGCGCCAUGGACACGUGCAUUGCGCUGCGCACGAUGCUGUACAAGGACGGCACUGCGUAUCUGCAGGCCGGUGGUGGUAUCGUGUUUGACUCGGACGAGUACGACGAGUGGAUGGAGACGAUUAACAAGCUGGGUGCCAACAUGUCGUGCAUCACGACGGCUGAGCAGCUGUAUCACGCGCAGCAGCAGCAGCAGCAAAAGUAAAAAAGAAAUAUAAAUAAAAAGGAAAGAAAAAAUGGGUAUACAUAGAUGCUUUAUACAUUACAAUGUGUAUUGGAGACAGAGACGAAGAGAGGAUCUGUCACAAUAGAAGGAUAUGAAAUAUAAUAUAAUUGUACUUUUUUCACUCAACUGUACUGGAUACAUAUACACACAUGAGAGAUUGGUUUUUUAAAUGCAACUUUGUAUAAUUAAAUGUACUUAUAUAAAAAUGGUCGUAUUCAUUCAGAUGAAAUUCGUUAAAUCGUGUAAUAGAUACAAUGCAUAAUGCAUGCGUAGUUACAUACGCUGGAGGGGACUUCGCUGUAGCCCUUUAAAAUAUGUAUAUUCCCCCAAUUCCAAACCAAGCCUCCUAACACUCAGCCCUCAUGAGACUUGCAUAGCAGCAGCCAUCUCAGGGAUUGGCGUAUCCCUCUUUGGCUCGGCGGUGGCUAGUAGGUGUGAUGCAGGUCCAGUGGGUGUCUUCAUGUCCAUCUCUGCGUCGCCCGGCGUGAGAUAUCGAGUCCCAGGCCCGGACUCGACUGUGGUGGAGGAAGAAGCAACGCUAUCGCCAUCCGACAUGUCCACGUCCUCCGACUCGCUGCUCGAGUCUCCACUGGUGACGCUCGGAUCUGGCGUCUGCAUGGUGGUAGCAGACGCAGACGAAGCGUGGCAGGUUCCGGCGGCAGAUGCGGCAGCAGCCGCAGCAGCUUGGGCCCGUAGGGCAGCAAUAGCGCCGCCGACUUCCUCAUCCUCGCCCUCUUCACAGUCCUUUCCGAUUGUCCAGGCCCAGUGGCGCUUCUUUUCUCUUCUGCGCUUCUUGCGGAUGCCGCCGUUAAUGGGGCUGGCGGCUGUCAACUUGGACAAGCGGCGAGCUGCGUCCUCCAUGGGGCCAGGGGUUUGGCCGCCGUCUUCAAUCUCGUGGCCAGUAAAGGCACGAGCAAUGUCCACGGCCAUGGGCUGGCUAAAUGGCGACAGAGGAGACGGGGAGGCUUCUUCAAGGAGCAGAUCAAUGUGAGACCGGGUAUACUUGUUUGUGGUGAUUUCCUGCUCAAUAGGGCUGUUGUAGCCAACUCGUCUGGCUGCUCUCUCUAGGAGUCUCUGAGACCGGCGACCCGGGGACAUGGGCGUCAAGGCAGAGCGGGGAGGCAGUGGGGAGUUGCGCAGAAUGCUGCGAAGAGAGUGAGAGCGGACGUAGGGAGCAGGGAAGGCUGGGGCAAAUCUGCGGAGAGGCGUGCCUGUGGCAGUCACCGGGGAGCGAAUAAUGGUUUCCGUGGUUUGCGAGUAUACAAAGACCUUGGGGCCAUGGGGAUCAACAGGGCCAGCAGAGAGGGGCGGCGUGGGCGUCAUGACGCUGGGAUAGGCGUGCAUGCGGACGGGUGAGCAGGCGGUGCCACCAGCAGAAAGGGGAGACUCUGGAAAGGCCGAAGCAAAGGGGGUGAUGGCCUUUGACUUGAGGUUGGAAAAGUUGGUGUUGAGGGUGAGCUUGGACCCGUAGAGGGUGUUGAUUGCUGUGGCCGGCGAGGAGGUUGUUGGCGUAGAGCGCUCAAUGGCGGUGACAUAGGCGUUGGAGAGGGUGUUGAAGGCCGUAGGGUCACUGGGAUUGACGGAGAAGGUCCUCGGUCUUGAAGCAUUGUUGACGGCUGGUGUUUGCGUCUGAAGAGAGAGACGGGGACGCUUUGCAGCGGCCGGUCGAGGAUGUUGCGAAGCCAUGGCGUAUGUGUGUAAGAGAAUGCGUGCUGAUGAUGAUGCAGUUGUUGUUCUUGUUGACGAUAACAAACCAAGAAUGAAAGAAAAAUCAAAAAAGCUCAGUCAAUUUGCCAGCAAAAAGACCAAGAACGACGCUCUUUAUCCACAAACAGACGGCGUGUCGUAUGGGAUCACCAGCGGUGGCAAAAGAAGAGCGUCACAGAAAGUAAUAGCCCUGGGUCCUCAGUCUCGUAUUUGGCUGAAAGUACCUGUACCGCCAGGGUGCAGGGGUGCGAGGUUGAAGAAGUGAAUUAAAGAUAAAAUCCAAAGGGCAGAAGAAGAAGAAAAGCAAAAAGCAAACACGACGAAGAAAUAGAAGAUGUGAAAAAAAAGAGGAGGAGGAAGAAAGAAAGAGGGGAAGCGUGUAUUUGGGUGCGGCGGCUACAGUAGCUGGUACACUGCGCUGGGCUGGCGGGGAGAGCGCUGGAAGGGAAAAGGCAGAGGGUAGCGGCAACAGCAGAGGAUUGGUU